AUGGCAGCCAAGGGUGGGCCACCCCUUGGUAGAAGAAGUACCCUCAGCCGAGCACCUUCUUUGCGACGAAAGCACGGUCGCCCGGUAAGCAUCGAGGACGUACUGGAAUCCAAAGACCGCAUCCACCGAGUUUCCGAGGCUUCAGAUCCUGCAAUGGGCUCAACAGCUGGGGAAGUCUCCCCAGAAUGGUAUACCUACACUGGAGGUGAUCCCCGUCCUGAGGCAACGAACCGCGGCGAGGACAAGCCAGGUCAGGUCACCAGCGAGCCAAGUGACACCACCAGGAAACCCAGUUCAGGAGAAGACCUAGCUACCCCGGAGGAGCCCAAGCCCACAUCUGGUGCUCCGUGUGAUGAUCAGCAUGUUCCAAAGACAGACACGGCCGGUGCCUCUCCUGCGACGCAGACCAGAGACCCAUCGCCAACUCGCCCCGUCGCAGAGCAGAAGAGCGAAGAUGAGACUCACACUUCCGAGGCAGGCAGACCUCCAGUGCUGAGAUUUGCUGAAACCCCUCAACCUCGUCCUCAUUCCUUCCACAGUCCUCCAAUUCAUAGCCGUCCCAUUCACAGCCCUCCCUUUCAUAGCCCCCCCUUUCACAGCCCGACGGGACAGUUCGCGCAGCCGCACCCUCACGGGCCAAUGCCGAUGCCGCAAUACAUACCUAUCUUCCCCCCCCAACCGCCGCCACCAUUGCCACCAAUGUCUCCUCCAGUCUUUGGGAUGCCACAUUCGCCUCCGCCUCCGCCUGAUGGCCAGAUCUCCCGCCUCGAGCCCCGCUGCCUGAGUGGCUAUGAGCUUUUGGCGGCUGGAAUCGCUGGAGACCUCGAGUCCGAGCCGCCUGUCCCGGCCAUAUACCGGAGAUUUAACUGUCUCAUGCAGCAAAUCUUGCUUGACAUGAGCGCUGAGCUGGAGCAACUCGAAGGGAAGAUGCAGCACCUUAACCAACUCGACAGCAACAGCCGUAGCUACCGAGAGGGAUUUCUGCCGGCCUCUCACCGACUCGAAGAGUCGAACCCAAACGAAGUGACGACGGCGCGUAAGCAACUCCGAGAACACAUUCGCUACAAGAUGAAUCAGUAUGCUGCGCAGGUGGAGGUGUACAAGAAAAUGAACAAUACCAGAGAUGCAAGGCCAGAAGAGGUCCACGAGUACAGGUCCUUUCUUGCUGCCCAUUCGCCGGUGGUCCCGGACGAGAUGCGCUUCCUCAACCAGACGGGCGACCUGAUGUGCCUGUCUGACGCGCCGUACUACCCCGACGACGACAGCGCCAGCGACCACCAGCCGCCCGCCCGACGCCGAACGCCGCCGCUCCUCGAAGCGCCAUCUGUCCCCAAUACCAGCAGCAGCGUUAGUGCGCUGGAUCAGGCGCGAGAGUACACGGCGGCGUCGGCGGCUCCGGCUCCGGCGCGGCCCAGCAACGCUGUCAAGCGCGUGCGGCCACUGAACCCGGUCAAGCUGCGACACAUGACUGUGGGCAUUUGUAUGGCAAUUGUCCUCCCAAUUCUCAGCUUUCCCGUCAUUGGGGGGUUCGUGAGCCGCAUGACGGUCGUAGCGCUCGUGGCCCUGGGCAUGGCCGUGGUGGGUGUGCAGGCGGGCGCGUACGAUGUGCUUGCUGGGCGGGCGACUCCUGUGGAUGGCGCCGUUGCAUUGGGAAUUUAUUUGGGAUUCAUGACGAUUGUGGCAGCCACAUUUGGAUGA